AUGGGUAAGCUGUGCAGCCAUCUUUCUGGGAUUACACAGUUAAUUCCACAAGUCUGGUUCAAGAACCGCAGAGCAAAACUCAAGAAAGCCAAAUGCAAGCAUCCUGAGCCAAAGGAAGAAACUCCACAACCACCAGGACCGGAGGGUGGGGUCAGCACCAGUGUCCGCCGGAGAGAUGCAGACGCGCUACCCAGAUUGCCCAGCACGGCUCGCCCGAUCGGCCUGGUGUACACGGGCCAUCGGGUACCCUCGUUCCAGCUCAUCGCGUACCCCAACCUCAAGGUCCCUGCACAUGAGCUCCUUGGCCACAGAAUGGUCCAUUUCGGCUGCUGCCAAGAUCCUAACGUAUACUUCCUCUACCCCAUUGUGGAACCCCAAGCUUACGCUCCAAGCUCCAGUUCUGCUUCUCCUGCCUGUUCAUCUCUACAAAGUCGAGAGAGAUGAUAAAUACAGAAAGUCACAUGUUGU